CAGCAUUUCCUCGCAGGUAGUUAGCUCCUCUGCUAGUUGUGUAACCACCCGUCCAGAUGCUGCCAAAGAGACAGUUCCAGGGACGAAAACAGGCCGUCUUGGAACAGUCGCAGGAUGCGUAUGUGGAUGUUCACAAAAUUAUGUGUGACAUUAGCACUACGUGACUUGUGGGGAUUGAGAAUGACUCAGAGAGAAGUGCGUACGUUCAGAAAGAGAAUGGGUGCCUUCCUGGACAAGCCAAAAAUGGAGAAGCACAACGCGCACGGCGAGGGCAACAGCCUGCGCUUCGGCCUCAGCAGCAUGCAGGGCUGGCGCGUGGAGAUGGAGGACGCGCACACGGCGGUCAUCGGCCUGCCCAACGGCCUCCAGCCCUGGUCCUUCUUCGCCGUGUACGACGGGCACGCCGGCUCGCAGGUGGCACGCUACUGCUGCGAGCACCUGCUGGACCACAUCACCAACAACCCCGACUUCUGGGGCGUGGGCUGGGGAAGCAUGGGCUCAGUGGCAGUCACCCCGACAGGUGGUGGUUCAGGUAGCAAGCGGGGUAGCAUGGUAGAGGAGACGUCGGAGAGGUCAGAGAGCAGGUCAUCGUCGGUGACGUCCUUGUCCGUGGAGCCAUCGGUGGAGAACGUGAAGAAGGGCAUCCGCACGGGCUUCCUGCAGAUCGACGAGCACAUGCGCGCGCUGUCGGAGCGCAAGCACGGCGCGGACCGCAGCGGCAGCACGGCGGUCGGGGUGAUGAUCUCGCCACGCCACAUCUACUUCAUCAACUGCGGAGACUCGCGCGCCCUGCUGAGCCGCGGCGGCCGCGUGCACUUCUUCACACAGGACCACAAACCCAGCAACCCGGCCGAGAAGGAACGCAUCCAGAACGCCGGCGGCUCCGUGAUGAUCCAGCGGGUCAACGGCUCCCUGGCCGUCUCGCGGGCCCUCGGCGACUUCGACUACAAGUGCGUGCACGGCAAGGGCCCCACGGAGCAGCUGGUGUCGCCCGAGCCGGAGGUGUACGAGAUCGAGCGUUCAGAGAGCGAGGACGAGUUCGUGGUGCUGGCCUGUGACGGCAUCUGGGACGUCAUGGCCAACGAGGAGCUGUGCGACUUUGUGCGCUCGCGCCUGGAGCUCACAGACGACCUCGAGAGCGUCUGCAACGAGAUUGUGGACACCUGUUUGUACAAGGGAAGUCGAGACAACAUGAGCGUGGUGCUGGUAUGUUUCCCCGGGGCGCCCAAGAUCUCCCCUGAGGCUGUGAAGAGGGAAGAGGAACUGGACAAGCAUCUACAUAACAGAGUGGAAGAGCUGGCUAAGCUGCAGCAGCAGGGUGCUGAAGGUAUGCCAGGCUUAGUCCAUGUGAUGCGGACAUUAGCCACCGAGGACAUCCCAAACCUUCCACCGGGGGGAGGGCUCGCCAGCAAGCACAGUUUGGUGGAGGCAGCAUACAGCAAUCUUAAGCCCCACAAAAACGACAGCAACUGUGGGGCUUCAGCCAGUCGUGCACACGGCACAUCCAGACUGUAGACUGGUGCAGGAGGGAUUCGAUCCUCCUACAUUCAUCUCUUCUUACCCCAUUGCUCUUCUUUCAUCUUCUCUAAAUUCUCUUUCGCUCUCUCUCUCUCUCUCUCUCUCUCUCUCUCUCUCUCUCUCUCUCUCUCUCUCUCCCCCCCACGCUCACAGUCUAUCACUAUCUGUCCUUUAUUUUUAGUUUUUUCGUCUUGUCUUUUUUUUACUCGUUUCCCUGUCUCUCACUUCUUGUGUUUUCCCUUCCUCCAUCCCUCUCUCUCUCUUUCCCUCCAUUUUUACUCUAUCCCGCUCUCUCUCCCCAUUCCUCUUUUUCUAUUCUCCUACUUCCUUCUUUUCUCCAAAGAAUAUGGCGGCGCCAUUAGAUGACAUCUGGUGACAAAGCCUGCACAAGCGGCCUAAAUAAAAAGGCUGUUUAUUUUGUCACAAUUGCCACACAGUCAUCAGAGGAGACAAAGCAGAGCGGCUAUUGCAUUUCUUUGCCUAGAGACAAACACACACGUCAUCUUUGCACUCCUCCCUUGCCUUGUAAGCGCUCUCUCUGCUACAAAAAGGAACGAGUGGAGGUAGGAGACGGGCGAAUGAAGAAAAAUACAAGAAGGAAGAAGAGGAGGACGAGAAGAGGAAGAGGAGGAGGAGGAGGAGGAGGAGGAGGAGGACUGAAGGAGAAGUGAAACGUCAAGCACAAAAUGGCACAACAAAAACUGGCUUUUUCAUCCCACCUUUCUUUAAAGGGACACUGUGUGAGAUUUUUAGUUGUUUAUUUCCAGAAUUCAUGCUGCCCAUUCACUAAUGUUACCUUUUUCAUGAAUACUUACCACCAGCAUCAAAUUGUAAGUAUUCAUUAUGACUGGAAAAAUUGCACUUUUCAUACAUGAAAAGGGGGAUCUUCUCCAUGGUCCGCCAUUUUGAAUUUCCAGAAAUAGCCAUUUUUAGCUGCAAAAAUUACUGCACUUGGAUCAUACUACAAAAUAUUUGUUUAUUACUUAGUAAACUUUCAUGUAAAGAUCUAAUUUGGCAAUAGGCAGCCCAGUUUCAAUGAGCAGCAUAGUUGCAAAGGAACUAUGCUGUGUCUCUGAUGGUACACUUGUGCUGCUGUGCACCUUGGGCACUAUGUUUUAGUGCGUAAUUAAUAUGCCAUAUGCACUAAAACAUGAACACUGAAGUGCACAAGUGCACCAUUUGAGAUCCAGCACUAAUCUGCGCGACUCAAAGUACAGUAAUAAGUUAAUAUCCCACACACUGUCCAUUACACUUGCAGUUUUAUUGCUCACAACAUUUGUGACCGAAACGUUGUGAGCAUUAAAAUUGCAAGUAUUGUUCAGGAUGUGAUGUCCAAACUUUUUUUUUGAAGAAUUCUGAAUUGAAAUAAUGAAAACGAUGGAUUUGUAAAGGUGCAAAGGAUAUUUAGGAUAGUGUAAAGGGGACGGUGUGCGGGAUAUUUACUGAAUACUUUGAACCAUUGGUUACAUCUGACACACCUGCUUGAACUGAGGUGUGCAGGAGGAGUGUUCUGUGGUGAACAUAACCCAGGGGUGUCGGAACUCAAAUUCAAAGUGGGCCAAAAUCAAAAUGAAGUCGCGGGCUGAAUUCAAUAUUUUAAAUACACUGAAAUUGUGCGUACAGUUCUGUUAGGCAAAUAUCAUACCAUCAUUUAUACUCAUACUAUCGUAUAGGCCUACCUCUAUGUGCUAGUAUGUUCCCACACUUGUCUGGACCCACCCAUAAUUCCUGUGAUACACAAAAUGCUGCCUUUAAGUCAUAUUUUCUAUAUAUUAAUGUGUAUGUGGGCCAACUGUAAUACACAUUUGAAAUGAUCUCGCGGGCCAAAUAAAAUGGCUCCCUGAGUUUGA